AUCGUGACAUCCAAAGUGACAUCAAGUAUCAACUUCAUAUCCUUAUUUACUUUGAUAAGUGUUUACUCAAACAACAAUGAGCCAUGGGGCUCGUAUUUAAAAACGAGCAACAUCCAACGCUAUCAUGCACCAUGUCAGACAACAGCCCACAUAUUACGCCGAUAACCGACUCUUAUUCACCCUCCACUUGCCACGGUGCCAGGGGUAGUCCCGGUGGAUAAGAUAUGCUGACAAGGGGCGAUAAUGCAUCACGUCAUAGCAGGCCAGAUGGGGCUGCCUUGAUUGGCGGUCAACGCGAGCUUACAUCGCGUCGGGCGAACGGGGAGUAAAGUCAUGGCGAGCACGGCGGGCGAGGGGACUAAGAAGGCCGCCAGUGUGACGUCGGAGCCACCCACAGCGGCAGAAGGCGCGAGUGCUGCUGGUGAUGGCGCACAAAUUUCAAAAACACCAGGCAUCUCCUCCAGCGUAAAGGCACCCGUUGACGGAAAUGGGGCAACUGGCAAAGCUCAUGCGACUGAGGAACCCUUGAGCUGUGAGAAGUUUGCCAAAUGGCACGCUCAUUUGCUUCAACAGGAGCACAGAGCUGAACUAAGGGACCGGGCGAGACUGCAAGGACAUCCGUCCAAUCAGCUAACCGGAUUGUUUGUCGGACAAAGACGCGUAACUGUCCACGGAGUUCAUGAGUGGGUGCUCAAGUCACCGCACAGGCUUGACGCGAAGUUCCCGAAGGUACGAGAAAGGGUCAAUGUGUGGGUCGGACACGGCUGGUCAACUGCAGUCGUCCGUCACAAGGACGCCUUUGAAGUCACGCUCAUUAUGGACCAGGGCGCCAGUCUCGUCAUGCACCAACAUGUCGAUCUUCACCGGUUUUACGAUGACAGCACCUAUCGGUGGAUGUGCGCUGCCCUGAAUCAGCUUUCGUUGCUUACAUCCGGGCCUGCGGGCGGUCUCCAAGCAGCUUUGUUUGCGAGUCCCGCGACCCCGCCUGAACCGCCAGUGACGCAGCUGCCACCACAGCUCUUAGACGACAAGGGCAAGCUGAAGUGCUUCAACCCGAAACUUGAUCCUUCCCAGCGGGAAGCGGUGGAGUUUGCGUUGCGUCAGCAGCGACUGGCGAUCGUCCAUGGCCCAGCGGGCACCGGUAAGACCACCACCGCGGUGGAGGUGGUCCUACAGCACGUGCAGAGGGGCCAGCGCGUGCUGGCGUGCGCGCCCUCCAAUUCUGCCGUGGACAACCUACUGCAGAAGCUUGGCAACGCUGGUCUGGAGAACAUGAUUCGCCUGGGACACCCAGCGAGGAUCGAGGAGGAUGUGCUGGACUUUUGGAUCGACAAGUGGGUGCGCUACCUCCAGGACGACUGGGAUGGUCGCCUUGCAGGGGACUGGAAGAGGCAGCCGGGUGAAAUAGAACUGAAGCGGAAGGUAAUCGAAGAGGCCCAGGUGGUGCUUUGCACGCUGGCGAUCGCCAACGCCAAAGGUCCGCUGAAUCUGACCGAGAAGGGCGGCAUGUUCGACCUGCUGGUUAUCGAUGAAGCCUCACAGGCGCUGGAAGCGGAAUGCUGGCUGGCGAUCCCGCGGGCCAAGAAGCUGCUCCUGUUUGGGGAUCCGAAGCAGCUGUCCCCCGUGGUAAAAACCCGAUCCGGGGAGAAGGAGGGCCUUUCGAUCUCGCUCAUGGAGCGCCAGAUGAACCUGCACGGUGCUGCGGCGACGCGCCAGCUCGAAGUCCAGUACCGAAUGCACGGUCUGAUCCAGGGGUGGUCAGCCGAGCGACACUACGGUGGUCUCCUGCAGCCCGACCCCAGCGUGGCGCGACACCGGCUCUGCGAGCUGGAGGGAGUCUCAGACACGGCCGACACCGGUUCCAUUCUGCUGCUGAUCGACACGGCCGGCUGCCAGCUCACCGAGUCUCCGCCCGACGAGACCCGCUCCCGGUCAAACGUCGGCGAGGCCGACCUGGUGGCUGCGCACGCCGCCGCGCUGGCCGCUGCCGGACUCCAGCAGACCGACAUGGCCGUCGUGACGCCGUACAACGCGCAGACGGCGGUCGUGCGCACUGCGCUGCAGCGCCGCCAGCUCCCCAACGUGGAGGUGAACACCGUCGGAGGCUUUCAGGGACGCGAGAAGGAGGCCGUCCUGCUGUCGCUGGUGCGCUCCAACAAACGACGCGACAUCGGCUUCAUCGGAAAGAGUGACCUCGUCAACGUAGCGGUGACGCGCGCGCGUCGCCAACUCUGCAUCAUCUGCGACUCAAACACGGCGUCUGCAGGCGUGGAGCUCGCCUCACUGCUUCAGCACAUGCGUGAGAAGGGUGAGGUGCGCUCUGCACGCGCAUACGAGGCCCAACUGAGCCCCGAGGCGCUCAAGAUGUUUCGAAAAGGCCUCUAGGAUUCGCCGGUACAAAACAUCCCGGAGCUACGGAGGAGGAAAAGUGAUAGUUUGAUGGUGAAUGGUCAAUGUUUAUAUGCAUUUAUAUCAGUAUCGUUAUUUAGUAUAUCCAACCAUAGGUAAUGUUGAAUUUAUGAUUAUAGGAGCGCCAGGUAAGUGCCCAUUGAGGUUGAUUUUCGUGACUGGAUAAAUAAUUUUAAUUAUUUGAAUUAUUAUUUGAACAUUUUAAUGAACCUGAAUGCUGAACAUUUAUAACAAUGAAUGAGCAAAAAACAUAUGGAAUAAAUAGUUCUACCCUGUGCAAACAAAA